AUGUUCCGAUUUCAACCCACUCUCAAGAAUCUUUCGUCUACCAGAUUUCUGUACCCUAUUGGUUUUCGUUCGCACGAAUCAAAACCUCUCUCAUCAACUUCAUCCCCCAAGCAAAAAAUAACACUCCCAGAAAUCAAAAAUAAAGAACAUCGUGAUUCGGUUCUUUCGCUAGGAACAAGGAAGGGCGACCAUCAAUACAAUAAGAGUUAUAGAUUUUAUCGUUUGUAUGGGGACAGAGCAUAUAAUUAUUAUACAACCAUAGCAUUAAAUUUAAAAAUUCCCGACGCAAAUCGAACCGUGUUUUUAAAUAUCUAUAAUCAUUUAAUCACAAGAAAAUUUUUGGGUGAGGUAGCAAAAGUUUGUGAAUUAGAUAAAAUGAUCUCUAAAGAGAACAUUGCUGUUGCUGGUUGUUUGGGUGAAAGGAUGGAAGCUUAUUGUUCAGGAAUGUUGCUUAGCGGUAUGAAUGAAGAAAUGAAGAAAUUUGCUUCUGAUGUGGUGGAAUAUUAUUUUGCAAUGAAUAACAAGGAUUAUGAUGAUAAAUAA